UCUGAUCAACGCAGGUAUGGGCCUCAUGAAACGCUUCAACUAAAAAUUAUACAGUUAUAUAUGGAGCAGCAGAUAUAUUCUGGUUAUUCAAUUUCGUUCCAAUGGGAAUUAAGCGACCGCGUUACUUUUGCGUCACCCCUAAACCCACAUCCCAUUUCGAUUUUGCCCAGGCGUCUGGAUUUCAACAGAUGGAACGACGGCUAGCGUCGAAUGUUCCCGAUCUCAGUCAUGGCGCUUCCAGGAACGUGAAAUAAUCACUGUGGAUAUCGAAGCUGGUGCUUAAAAUUUGUGAAAUGUACCUUUCAAUUUAAGAUAUUUGUCGAUGUUCUGUUUUGAGUUGGAUUAUUGCGGAUUGUAGGAGGUAGGUACCUAUAUUCGAUUCUAGAAAAAUGUUCGGAAGCAAAUUCAGAUCCUGGAUGGAAGCUGUGAGGCCUAGGAAGAAACAACAUAGGAAAGACAAACAGAUUAAAUUGAAAAAUAAUAUUGAUGCAACGUCUCCCAAAUUAUCAUUCGCAAAAAAAUUGGAUGCGGGGAAAUCACCAAAAAAUAAGAAAGAAAUAAAAAAAGUUGAAAGUGGAACCUCAACGAACGACCCCCUUCGUUCUGAGCCGACAAGUAGUAGAUAUUCAGUAGCAACUUUAUCAUCACCGGAAUCGGCCUAUUCGACGGGCUAUUCAACAGAUGGUACUUCACCCGGAGCACCACCUGACUACUAUGCUGAGGUUAAAAUAAUAUUGGAACCAAAACCUCCAAUACGUCAAUGUGAUAACAAUCCCUCCAUACACCAAACUAUCCACAAAAUAGCAUCACCUCUUCUAGAAAAUAAUCGACCUAUUUUGAACAAGGCUGUUGAUGUUGCUUCACCAAGGCAAAGGAAUAGAAUUAGGACAAACCCAUGGCUUCCAAGAUGCACAUCAACAUCUGGUAGACAAAUUCAAAAUUCGUACUCUACAGGACUUCCUGAGAAUGGACUACUCACGCUCUCAAAUCAAUGCGUAGCUGCAGGUCCAUGUUCUAGAGGGAAAUCGCCCCUAUCUUCUACUUGCUCUUCGUUAAGCGGGGGUGAAACAUAUUGGGAAGGUAGCGAAGAUGACUGCACCCUUAAUGAGAUGAUGGGAAAAUAUGACGAGAGCUACGUGUAUGAAAAAGAGACGGACAUUCUGAGUGACAGUGAGCCUACAGACCUUGAUACAGAUAUAGAUACAGGUCAAGAUGGUGGAGAUGAAUUAGAACCCCAGGAAGGCGAUAUGUUUUACAUUGAUGAGGGACCACUGACAGAAAUGAACACAUGUGAAAGCAAGAACACUGGGCACUGCUCUUACUUCAAUUUUCAAGAGAAAAGAAAGGCUUCCCGAAGAAAAACAACAAGAAAAUCUAGACAUAAUAAGUUAAACUCCCACAGAAAACGUACACCACCUGUACUUAUACCAGAGAAAACAACAAAAUACAAUAAGUGUGACGGAUCCAGAAGCGUGGGGGCUACACCGUUGUUUGCCAGAAGAACUCAACCACAACCGGUUUCGAAAUUGGCUCUCGAUGAUUCGUUGGUGAGGAGGUCCAAUUCCGUUAAUUUAUACAGAAAUCCAAUAGAUUCGAUCGAUAAAAAAGACGAAGAAGCUGAACAAAAAUACGAGCAACUGAUAGUAGAAGCUGAGCAUAUAUUGAGGAAUAUGAAAACAGAAGGGUUGUCCCCUAGGAGACUUCCCGGUCCAGCAAAUAAACGCGUAGAACUUUUGAGGAGUACAGAAUGUUCUAAAACUGCUAGGGUAGUAAAUGUUCCGUCCACUAAUUUAUCAUCUGUGCGAAUGUUACCUAGAUGUAGCCAUGCAAUAAGCACCGUUCCAGGACUAAAUUCUUCCAACACUUAUCUUCCCAGAUCACCCAUUCCAUUCAGAAAACAUUCAGAGCGACAAUCUCCACAUAGGAGUCCUAAACACAAAAAAAAGUCAAGUAAAAUCAGAAGGGAUGUCACCUCUUCUAGUUCAGAUGACGAGCGUCCAAGAUUGCGAGCGCCGCCACAAAGCGAGCCAGUCAAAAGAAAAGUUUAUGCAACUUUCAAUAAAAAUAUUAUAAUUCAUCCGAACAAUUGCAAUGCUCUGCAGCAGCGACACAGAAAUAGUGCAGAAAGUUUGAGGCAUCAAGUAUUAAUUAACACUAUAGCUAAUCUGAAAAAGAGUUUGGAGGAUCAAUCUGCUUCGUUGAAACAAGCCUACAGAAGCCCCCAACAUUAACCAUAUUGUUUGUAAAAAUACACUUUGUUCAGUUGAUUAGUUUUAAAGAAAUGUAUAAUUAUAUUUUUGCAUAUCAUAAUGAAAAAAAAGUUGAUAAAAAAGCAAAUUAUUCAUCUUAAGGUUCUCAUAAAAAACUAAAAGUUGAAAAACUACAGUUUGAUAAAAAGAAUGGUAUAUAUACGUUUACAGGGUGUCACUACGGUUUUUGAAAAAACUAGCAAUAUUUUAUCGUUUCUCUCAAUUACACCUAAAAACCGAAAUGUAGGUACUGUUUUAAUGAGAAUGAAUAGUUUUUAUUGUAUGUGUAGGUACCCGCCAAUGACCCCAGAAUUAGAGAUUAUCGUUUAUAUUUUGUUGAAUUGUAACUAAAUUUGUAUGCAGUAGACAAAAUUAUGUUUCCUAUUAUUCUAUUGAUGUAGAAAUAUUGUUAUUGUUGAAGUUUUUGGUACGUAGCAACUAGCCAUUACUGUUUAUGUGUGAGUAGAAAUUAUACUGAUUCA